AUGACUGUAUUAUCAACUAAAAAGCCUUCAAAUACGAACAAAGACUCUACAUCAAAUCAACAACAAGCACAGCAACAAGUUUCUACAGCAACACGAACACGUUUAUCAUGUGAUGAUGAACAAUCUAAUAGAAUAAAUUUAAAUGAUGAUUCAAAUGAAACAAAUAUUGCAUCAUCAUCUUCAAUAACAACAACAGAUAACUUACAUUCAAUGAUGACAACAACAUCACCAUUAUUAUUUAAUAAUCCAAAACGUAAAUCACAUUAUAAUCAAAAAUCUAGACGAAAAUGUACUUCAAUUGAUGAAAAUCCAACGAAUAAUUCAUCAAAUGAAAAUGAUCAAUAUAAUAGUGAAGAUGAAUAUGACCAAACAACAAUAAAAUAUGAUCGAAAUAAUCUCAACGAACUUGAAAUGCGUUUUGAAAAAACUUUAAAAGAAAAAAAAGGUUUUAUAAUUAAACCUGUACAAGAAGAUGGUGCAUGUUUAUUUCGAGCAAUAUCUGAUCAAGUAUUUGGUGAUGAAGAAAUGCAUUCUAUAGUUCGUCAAAAUUGUAUGGAUUAUAUUGUAAAAAAUUCCGAUUUCUUUCGUGCUUACAUCACAGAAGAUUUUGAUCAAUAUAUAACACGAAAACGACGACAAAAUUGUCAUGGAAAUCAUAUUGAAAUUAUAGCACUUUCAGAAUUAUAUAAUCGACCUAUUGAAGUUUAUGAAUAUAGUACAGAACCAAUUAAUAUUGUACAUGGAGUGUAUAAAACAGAUAAUGAGCCUAUACGUUUAAGUUAUCAUUGUGGUGUACAUUAUAAUUCAAUAAUUGAUCCAUGGAGACCAACAGCUGGUCAUGGACUUGGACUUCCUAAUCUUGAACCAGGACGUGCUCAAGAAUCAUUAAUUCUAACAGCAUUACGUCAAUCUGAAGAAAGUCAUAUUGAACGAACUAUGCUUGAUGAUAAAUUAGCUGCAACAGAUUGGGAAGCAACACAAAAUGAACUUAUACAACAAAUUGCAAGAGAAUCUUAUUUACAAUGGUUAUCUGAUACUAAUCAACAACAGAAUGAUAAUAAAACGACAUUAUCUUCAAAUUUAUCAUCAGAAACAACAUCGGAUAAAAUUUCAAAUACUAGUGAAAAUCUAUUACCAUUAAGACUUGAUGAACGAAAAGAUUGUGAAUUUGCUUUACCAUUUCAUUAUGACGAUAACACUUCAUCAAAUCCUGAUCUUAAUGAUGAUGAUUCAUUAAUGAGACAAGUUCUUGCUAUGUCACAAAUUGAAUAUAUAGAAAAAUUAAAACAACAAGAAUCAUCGACAUCUAAUGAUCUCAAUGAACCAUCAUCAGACACAAAUGUUUUAUAG